AUGGUUGAGAUGCCUCGCUUCACCUGGGACCUCCGCACCUCGCUCCCGCGGCUGCGGGGGCUGCGGGGGCCCUACCUCCCGCCAGCAGCUUCGCAGUCGCGGCGCAUGAAGCGCUUGCGUCUCGCCCAGGCGCGCGAACGCUCCGGCUUCGACGGAUCGAGCUUCAGCCGCUGGGACCUGCAAGUCCUCUGGCAGCCGUGCGCCUGGAAUUCCAGCACCGCGCGCCCGGCGCCGAGGAGGUGCCGUUAUGAUGCCCGUCAAAGAGUGCUGGCCUUUGCUAAAUCUCAAGACGCCUCACACGGGCUCCUGCUGCUGACCCGCAACCAGGAGAUUGGAAUAUAUACGCCUCAGGUGGGGUUGCUUGCAGCAGCCUUCCGGUGGCAAGAGCUCUCGCCAGACUGGCACUGGCUCAGGGCGAUCGGACGGAACGACACCACGGCCUUCUUCUGCGAUGGGAAGCACGUGGCCACGGUACCAGCCGGAGUGAGGCAGUGGCCUGUGAGGUUUGGCGGCGACAUCGACGCCAAAAAUCCCCAGGGCGCCGGGCGUCUGCGAGAAAUUCGGUUUCGAGCCUGGAAUUCGGAGACCUGCGACCGGCCAUAG